GUUCUGGUUUAUCUAUUGGUUUAUCUGGUUUAUCAUUUUCUGGUUCAGUUUCAGGUUCAUCUGGUUUAUCAUUUUCUGGUUCAUUCAUUGGUUCAUCUGGUUUAUUAGUUUCUGGUUCAGUUUUAGGUUUAUCUAGUUUAUCAGGUUUUGGUUCAUCCAUUGGUUUAUCUAGUUUUUUAGUUUCUGGUUCAUCUAUAGGUUUAUCUGGUUUAUCAGUUUCUGGUUCAUUCAUUGGUUCAUCUGGUUUAUCAGUUUCUGGUUCAGUUUCAGAUUCAUCUAGUUUAUUAGUUUUUGGUUUAUUAUCUAGUUUGGAUUCUAGUGGUUUAUUUUGUAUAUUUUAA